AUGUCCGAUUCUGAUGAAUCGAUAGACUCGGUAGAAUUGGAGCAUUAGAUGUUAAUAGAUUAAUAUAAAGAUUUACUUAAAGAAUUGAAUGAAUUAUAACAAUAAAAUUAAAUUAAACCAAAAAAGUAAGAAAUCUCAAUGGAGAAUUUUGAAAUUUAAUGGAAAUAAUUAUUGGAAACUAAAAAAUCAUUAGAAGAUAAAAUAAGUCAAAUACAUUGUUAAUCUCAAGUGAAAUAAGAGUAAUAUUUUUAUAAUAAUUAGAGAAUUAGAGGAUUAUUAAGAUAAAUUGUUAAUCGUGAAAGAAUAAAUAUCUAAACAGAAUAAAGAAUUAUAAGAAAAAGAAUAAUUAGUAAAAUUGUUGUAAAAACAACUAAAAGAUAUGUGA